AUGGAGCAGGAGUUCCAGGACUGGGAAGACACUCGCAGGUCACUGGCUCAGAGGAGGGAGAUGAGCCGAGCCCCUUUACCCACCGCUCCGAGACCCCCACACAGGGGCCAGAGGAAAAUCCAGGAGGUCCGAGCUGCUCCUCCACAAGUGCGCUGCAGAGACACAGCCAUUCACAACACCUUCAUGUGUGGAGACAUGAAAGGUGUCUAUGCCGUGCUGAAGGACCCUGCCAUGGUCAACGCCCUGAUGGAGACUGCGCAUGAGGAGAUGGUGUGGGCUCCAGAAAUGGGAAUGUGGACCAUCAGCUCCAAAGUAAAACAGACCUCUGCCCUGCGUCUGGCAUCCAGUCGGGGUCACUCUGGUUGUGUGGAGGAGCUUCUAUCUAGAGGAGCGGAGGUGGAUGCUGAUCCCGGAGGCUGCACGGCUCUUCAUGACGCCUGUGUGGGAGGUCACUCAGUCUGCGUUCAGCUGCUGCUCUCACACGGGGCCGAUCCGGAGGUGGUGUCCGUCGAUGGAUGUGCUCCACUGCACCUCUGCAACUCCACGCAGUCCUUACAAUGUGCAGAGCUGCUGUUGUCUGCAGGAGCGGAGGUAAACGUGCGGAUGUCAGACUCCAGACUCAGCCCUCUCCACGUGGCGUCCCGCAGAGGUUUGGACAAACACGUGGAGCUCUUCCUCUCGCACGGAGCCGAUGUUCUGGCCACAAACCAGGAGGGAGAGACGGCCUUGAACGCAGCCUGCUCUGGAGCCGAGAGGCCAGCCGAGUGGGGCCGAUACAUCAGAGUCGUCCAGAUGUUGUUGGCGGCCGGUGCUGACCCUCAAAAAGCAGGAAAAAAGAAGCACACGCCGCUGCAUAACGCCUGUGCAAACUGCUGCCCAGGGAUUGCCCGCACGCUCCUGCAGAACGGAGCCAAAGCAGAUGAGGUCAACAGCGCUGGAUACACGCCUCUGGACUGUCUGCUGCAGGUGGUUGAAGACUAUCUUGAGCAACACCCUGAAGAUAUUGCACGCUGCCUUCUGAAUCACGGAGCAAAACCAGUUUCACCAAAGAUGCUUAAACUGUGUGUACUUUCUCCUGCGACUGUUGAGGUGAUUUUAAACACUUACACACAGAUUCCAGCGUGUGAAUGGAUGGACUCUCUGCCCAAGGACAUCUUUGAGGAACAUAAAUACUUCUUGGACCUGGUAAGGGAGCAGAGUGGUCAGCCUCGCUCUUUACAGCACCUCAGUCGCUGUGCAUUACGCUCUCUGUUUGGAGCCCGGUGCUUCUCUGUGGCUCAGAAGGAAACAGCUGCUGCCUGCUCUGAGCGCUCUCGUCCCCCGAAAUAUGCUCUGAUUUCUCCGCUGCCAGUGCUGGAUGUGAUGGCAGUGUGUGCACUGACCAUGUUGGACGCUGUGGAGGGGGAGGUGGCUGCAGCUGGAGGGGUCCUGCUGCUGCUCUUGGCGCUGGUCCUGGCCUGGCUCUCCACACACGUGGCCGACAGAGGGGACCACAUCCUGGGCACCAUCCUCACAGUGGGAGCUCACGCCUCUUUGAUCGGGCUCGGGGGUCACGACAGCUACAGCGGAGCUCCAACCCACUCCAGAGACACUCCCGAACAGCCCACGCCUUCGCCGCCGCAGGAGAACAAGCCCGAGGACGAGAGGGGGCGCAGCGAUGGGACCAGCGAAGACUCCGAGGAGGCAGGAAGUGAAGCGCUCCUCGACAUCCAGGCCAAACAACAGACACUGCGGCUUUCCGAUGACGAAGAGGAGGAGGAGGAGGAAGAAGAGGAGGAGGAGCAGGUUAAAAAGACAGUGAGGCGCAUGACGUCUCUGUGCUCCGCCCCGACCCCCACCACAACCACCGCCAUCUCGGUCCGACUCAAGUUCCUGAACGAGACGGAGGAGGUGGCCGUGUUGGAGCCGCAGGACACAGUGGGACUGCUGAAGAGUAAAUACUUCUCCGGCCGCGAGCAGCAGAUAAAACUCAUCUACCAGGGCCAUCUCCUUCAGGACCCAAAGAGAACUCUGAAAUCCCUGAACAUCAGCCAUAACAGCGUCAUCCACUGCCACGUCUCCCAGAGCCUGCAGGAGACCAGCCCAGAGGAGGGGGCUCAGUCUGGGGCCGGCUCUGGGGCCUCUGGUGGGAUGGUGUCUGCCGGCGUGGCCCUCAGCACCAGUAGCCUUGUAGUGCCUGUUUUCGUGGUGGUCCUGGCUGUGGUUUGGUAUUUCCGAAUCAACUACAGGCAGUUCUUCACCGCGCCCGCGACCAUCUCCUUAGUCGGAGUCACUGUGUUCUUUAGCUUUCUCAUUUUCGGGAUGCACAGCCGCUGA